AUGGAUAAUGAGCUAUUUAUAAUCAAGCUCCCGUUUCAAUCUUAUUCCUGCCCUACAUGUCUCCGUAGUGGCAGGGGGAGCUAUGUCGCACUUAGCCUAAGUGAUAUCAUAUUUCAUCACAAAGACAAACACUCUGCUCUUCAAUUAAACUUCCAGUGUGCGAAGUGCGACAAACUGUAUCAAAGGAAGCACUCAGCUCUGUGCCACCUAGUCAAGUGCACUGCUUUAAAGACUGUUUUGCCCUACAAAUGUCAUCUAUGCGAGGACUCGUUUGGUCUCAGCCAGCACAAGCGCCACCUUCAUCCUCUGGCAAGAAAUGCUGAAAGGCUGGCCUCAGUCCCGAUGCCGAGAACUCCACCUUCGUCGGCUGGGAGAGUUUUCUCCCGGGAAGAUAUCGAGGCCAUGCUUCAGCUGGAGGUUAUACUAAGAGGCGAUGCACGGAUCGCUAUGAAGAUGGCAGCUCAGCUCAAGUCAAAAACGGCUAAACAGAUACGGGACAAACGCCGUGAACCCAUUUAUAUUGCUAAAAGGAACGCACUAUUGAAAAAGACAGCUCCGACAGAUCCAGGGCCUAGUAUGGCAAGCCCUUCAGGCGAGCAAGGGGGUAUAACAACCGUUGAAACCCCCAAAGAUGUGUAUGAGCAGGCAAACGCCUUAGAAUUAGAACCUGCAUCAGACAUGCAGGGAGAGUGCACUCAACCCAGAGACGUCCAAACAAGUGCAGCUCUUCCUGAAAACAAUAGGAACACUACCCAGGAUGGGAAUUCCAAGUGGGAAUCUGAGAUAACUCAACCGGGUGACUGGAACCCACCCGCAGGUCACCCAACAACAAUUAUUCCAAUAAUGGGUAGUCAGGACGACAUUGCCCGGGGUGGGGGUUCAGAGUUAGAACUGGGGACAGAUCAAUCUGAGAUAACUCAACCGGGAGACUGGAACCCACCCGCAGGUCACCCAACAACAAUUAUCCCAAUAAUGGGCAGUCAGGAUGACAUUGCCCGGGGUGGGAGUUCAGAGUUAGAACUGGGGACCGACCAACUCUGUGACUGCAUCCCAUCUGCAGAUCACAUAAAUGAAUAUGAGGAUACCGACAAUAUUUGGAGGGAGAGUCUUCGGGAAUCACUCCUUGAGCUGGGGGGAGAUAGGUUCUCUAAGGAUGCUGCGGAAUUAGUCGGCAAUAUCAAGAAAUCCGUUGUAGCUGGCAACCUAUCCCAAGAGGUCAUCAAUGAAACUUACUCCGCCGUCUUGGAUUUCCUCCGUCCCAAACAUACAUCCUCAUCCACUACAUCCCAGAGUUGCCCGAAGCACAGUAAAACCAAGGGCAAGAAAAGGAAAAGAGCGCUCAAGCGCUUUAAAUACGCAAUUACUCAAAACCUCUUCAAGAAGAACCCUGCACUGCUAGCAAAGCAGGUUAGAAUGGGCACAGAUCUUUCCGCCCAAAAUGGUGCACAAUUACCACGAGAGGAAGUCGAACAUCUUUAUAACAUCCUCUGGAGCACCACGCCCAGCCUCCGGCUUCCUGACUAUGUGGAAACCCCUGAUCCAAUAUCCUUGGACCUAUUUCUGGGGGAGCUUAAGCAGGAGGAGGUAUAUAAGAGGUUGGGAAAGAUGAAGAGGUCCACAGCUGCGGGCCCAGAUGGUAUUAAACCUGAUGCUUUGGGCAACAAAGUUAGCCGGAGAGUUUUGUGCGCUCUGUACAAUCUGAUCCUACUCUCCGGCCACCUGCCUUAUCAGCAGAUGUUUUUGGCUUUCAACUAUACAACGAAGAUGGCCGAUGAAAUCUUCGUACUCAAAAACUAG